UACAGGUCCGGUUCGUGGUUCUGGAUAUCCAUCCACCCCUCCUCCCUCUGUAUGUAUGUAUGUAACCCUCCGCAUUCAUUCUUUCUUUCAUUCCCUUUCCCUCCCCUCGCACAACAUGAACACACUCAAAUCUCAUUCUAAACCCUAACCCUAACCCCAACCCCAACCCCAAUCUGAUGCACCAUUCAACCAGCAUCGAUUCCACCACCACAGCACACAAACCCAAUCUCUAUGGAGGAUGCGACUUUCUUCAGUGGUAGAAGCAUGGGCUACCGGCCAACACCGAACGAUUCCGUCGUCCCGUUGGGGAAUAACGCCAAUCAGAAGUCGUUAACUCCGAUUCUUGAUCGGUUCAAGGCUUUGUUGAAGGAACGAGAGGAAGAAGCUAGGGUUUCUAACGAUGAUUUGGAUGUUCCGUUGCUUGGUACCGGAGAAAUUGUUGAGUUGUAUGAAGUUGUUUUGUCUGAGUUGGUUAUCAAUUCGAAGCCGAUUAUUACUGAUCUUACGAUAAUUGCUGGAGAGCAGAGGGAACAUGGUGAGGGUAUUGCUGAUGCUAUUUGUGCUCGAAUUAUUGAGGUUCCCGUUGAACAAAAACUUCCUUCCUUAUAUCUUUUGGAUAGCAUUGUCAAAAAUAUUGGUAGGGACUACAUAAGGCACUUUUCUGCUCGUUUGCCUGAGGUCUUUUGUGCGGCAUACAGGCAGGUCCAUCCAAGUCUACAUCCUUCCAUGCGCCAUCUUUUUGGUACUUGGUCAACCGUAUUCCCAUCUUCUGUUCUUCGCAAGAUCGAAAGUCAACUACAGUUUUCCCCUUCGUCAAGUUAUCAACCUUCUACUUUAAGAGAUUCCGAAUCUCCAAGACCAGCUCAUGGUAUACAUGUCAAUCCAAAAUACUUGGAGAAAAUACAACAUGCAAGAGCGGCUUCAGCUCCAAAGAUCCUUGAUGAGUAUGAAUCUGAUAACGGGGACGUGGCCUCUUCACAUAUUGGAGCAAAGUCAUUGGGGCCAACUAGUCAUGUGGGCCGUACCCCUUUUAGUCUCGGUCAUCCACGACCUCGAUCACCGGCACUUGAAGAAUAUUCUAUGGCCGAUUCUCCUAAAAGGGUUGUUGAAGGAGCAUCGCCAUCUCGUCAUGGAUAUGAUUAUAGAACAGGUUCCGUGACAGCCGGUGACGAAGAUCUACGUGACUGGCGGAGAUCCCAUGUCGUAAGUAAUGGAUAUGAUGUUCAGAGACCCAGAGAUCUAAUUAAUGCAUAUGGGACAGAUGAAAGGAAUAAAACGACAACCCAAAAAUCUCAACAUGGGAAAAACUUAACUAUAAAUGGGUUAGGGUUAGGCAGUAAGGCUGGUGGUAUGACAUGGCAGAAUGCUGAAGAAGAGGAAUUCGAGUGGGAAAAUAUGAGUCCCACUUUAGCGGACCGUGGUCGUGGCACUGAUUUGUUUUCAUCUGUUCCGUUACCUGGUAGCUCUAAAAUGGGUCAACCCCUUCAAGUCAACCGGUCAAUGCCUACAAAGACUGAUUUUGGCAGAGGUGAUUGGUCUAAUCACGAGCUGAUUUCUUCAGCUAACCACAACAGUGCAGUUUCAUUGUCUGAUCGUGGAUUAAAGCGGAAAAUGACUGGAUUCCAAGGCGAGCCUUCAGAUAUUCCCGUUUCUCAUUAUCCACAAGAAUCAUUGAAUCUUCCCCAUGAACAGGCUUGGGCUGCUCACCAUCACUACAAUCCUCACGGUCAAAGGCCUCAUCUCAUCGAUAGCUUCCCAGGUGGUAAUUUACCACACCACUUAUCCUCGUCAUCGAAAGGAACUUGGCGGCCUCCACUAAAUCUGCAAAUGCCUUCUCACCCAUUCCAAAAACAAGUAAGGACUCAAUUUGACGUGUUGAAUGCAGUAAACGACACCGUGUCAUUUACUGAAAGGAGAGAAACUAGUCAGCAAAUCGCGGUACAGAACACGAGGUUCCCGCAACAGUUAUCACUGCCUCAAGAGGUUAGACCAAAUAUGAUACCACCACCUACUUUAGGUUAUAAUCCGUCUCAUUUAGUAACUCGACCUGUCAUUCGUGGGUAUACACCUCAAAGAUUCGAUCCCUCUGUGGGUCUUUCCUUGCAUCCAGUUUCCGGCAUGCAAUCAUCCAUGCCUUUCCAUUUAGGUUUACCUCCUUUACCCCCGGGCCCACCUCCCGUUCCUCAACUCCCGUCAAUUUCUUCCGGCCCUCCACCGGGCGGUCCACUUUCUGGUUUAUUCGAUCCAAGUUUACUUACUUCUCUUAUGGCCCAAGGUCUCGUUUCACUCAAUAAACUGCCUCAAGAGCAGGAUUCAGUUGGGGAUGGGUUUGAUCUUGAUGUUCUCAAGACACGUCACGAGUCAGCAAUAACUGCUUUAUAUGCUGAUCUGCCGAGACAAUGCAAAACAUGUGGGCUGCGUUUCAAAUCGCAAGAAGAGCAUAGUAAUCAUAUGGACUGGCAUGUGACGAAGAACCGGGUAUCGAAAAACCGUAAGCAAAAACCGUCUCAGAAGUGGUUUGCUAAUGUUAAUGUGUGGCUUAGUAGUGCGGAGGCAUUGGGAACCGAUCCAGUUCCAGGGUUUCUUCUUCCGUCUGAGAAUGUUGUGGAAAAGAAAGACGAUGAUGACAUGGCUGUCCCUGCUGACGAGGAUCAGAAUAUUUGUGCACUUUGUGGAGAGCCGUUUGAUGAUUUCUACAGUGAUGAAACGGAAGAAUGGAUGUAUAGAGGUGCUGUGUACAUGAAUGCUCCAUCUGGAGCAACUGUAGGCAUGGAUAGAUCUCAGUUAGGCCCCAUAGUUCAUGCUAAAUGCAGAUCUGAAUCUACCGUUGACCCUCCUGAUGAUUCUGGCAACAAUGGACGGGCUUUUAUCGAAGAGAGGAUGCGUAGUUAGCUGAACUGUUUCCGGCUUUUAGGUCCAUUUCUGUAACCUAGAAACGAGUUUCUUCAUUUUAAUCUUUGUUCUCACAUCUGCUCGAAUGUAUGCAGUGGCAGUCUUGUACAUGUAUAGUUGGAUUAAAUGGAUUUCCCUUCACAUUUACCCCGCAUCAAAAUGACUGUACUACCCCUUUGCAGACUUUCCAUUUUUGCUU